AUGUUGGCCGUUUUUGUCAGAGCCGCGCUGCGGUAUGGCAUGGUGAAGCCAUGCCGCCUGCUCGGUCCAGCUACACACAUCCAGAAGAGGUCCCUGGUUCACCAGGAGGGUUUACCCAAGUUGCCUGUGCCACCCUUGAAGCAGACCUGUGAUAACUAUCUGGCUGCUCUGGAGCCUAUUGUUAGUGAAGAAGAGCUGGAACACACAAGGAAGCUGGUGGAGGAGUUUCUAAAGGGUGGCGUAGGGGAACGCCUCCAGAAGGGUCUUGAGCGACGGGCCCGAAAGACAGACAACUGGUUAUCAGAAUGGUGGAUGCAGUCAGCCUAUUUGGACUGCCGGAUGCCGGUGGCUGUCUACACCAGCCCCUGUGUGGUUCUUCCACGCAUGCACUUCCAGGACCGUCAAGGACAGAUGAGGUUUGCAGCUAAACUGAUUGCAGGAGUGUUGGAGUUUAAAAAAAUGAUUGACAGUGACACCCUGCCAGUAGAGUACCUGAGCAAGAAGCCACUUUGUAUGGACCAGUAUUACCAGAUCCUAUCAUCUUGCCGUAUUCCUGGACCAAAGAGAGACACCGUUGUAAAUCACGCAAUUGGCAAAACGCCUCCCACGCACAUCACUGUAGUUCACAACUUCCAGUUUUUCAUUUUGGAUGUAUACAACAGUGAUGGGACCCCCCUUACAGUAGAUCAAAUUUACAUGCAACUGGAAAAAAUUUGGAACACCUCUUUGCAGACCAACAAAGAGCCUGUUGGUAUCCUAACGUCGCAGCAUCGUAACACGUGGGGGAAAGCUUAUAAUAAUCUCAUCAAAGAUAAGACAAAUAAAGAAUCAGUUCGCGCCAUUCAAAAAAGUAUCUUCACUGUAUGUCUGGAUGCACCAAUGCCUCGCGUGUCAGAAGAACUAUACAAGAGCCGCGUCGCUGCCCAAAUGCUGCACGGCGGCGGGGCUCGCUGGAACAGCGGCAACCGCUGGUUUGACAAGACAUUACAGUUUAUUGUUGGUGAAGAUGGCACCUGUGGACUGGUGUAUGAACAUGCACCUUCAGAGGGCCCACCUAUUGUGUUUCUCAUUGACUAUGUUGUUAAAUAUAUGCAGAAGACAGAAAUAGUCCGUUCCCCCAUGGUUCCUCUAAGCAUGCCUCAGAAACUGCGUUUCAACAUUACCCCAGAAGUCAAGAGAGACAUUGAAAAAGCCAAGCAAAAUAUGAACAUAAUGGUACAUGACUUGGAUGUGAAUGUUCUGAUGUUCUCCCAUUAUGGAAAAAAUUUGCCAAUGCAACACAACCUCAGUCCAGAUGCCUUUAUUCAAAUGGCAUUUCAGCUAGCCUAUUUUAGGAUGUAUAACACAUGUUGUGCUACAUAUGAGAGUGCAUCAUUGCGAAUGUUCAAAUAUGGAAGAACAGAUGUAAUACGUGUAACUACCAAGGAGUCAUUGAAAUUUGUUCAAGCAAUGCAAGAGCCAACUAAACAGAACACAGAAAGAUUAGCACUGCUUCAGGAGGCUGCUAAGAUACAUAAGGAGAACACAUACAAUGCGAUUCAUGGACAAGCCAUUGACAGACAUCUUCUAGGACUAAGGUUGCAGAGUAUUGAAGAUCUCACAUCUAUGCCGGGGAUAUUCAUGGACACUUCUUUUGCUGUGGCUCAUCAUUAUAAUCUUUUAACCAGCCAGGUUGGUUCCAAGACCGACUGUGUGAUGUGCUUUGGUCCAAUGGUGCCAGAUGGCUAUGGAGUGUGUUACAAUCCCAUGGAUGAGCACAUCAACAUCGCGAUCACAGCCUUCAACAGCUGUGAAGAGACAAAUGCAGCCAAGUAUGCACAGACUGUAAAUGAUGCACUGUUGGACAUGGGAGCUCUUCUGGAGGACACAGCUAAAGCCAAACAGUGA